GGAAGCUCUCUGGGCAACAUGGCGGCGCCCAGCAGCCAGAUGUAACUGGCUCGGAGUCCGCGGCCGCCCGCGUUAGUAGAUGAGACAGCCGAGGCUCAGAGAGCUUCAGGCUGUCUCCAGCGGGCACGCCGCAGGUGGGCAGCUAGGCCGGAAUUCGAACCCGCGUCUGCCGGUUUCUCCCAUCGAUCCCAGAAUCCUGGCAGCCAGCCUCAGAGCUGCUGUAGGUGGUUGUCCAACAAGCAGAGGCAUGAGCUGGGCCCAAGCCAUCAUGCUAGCCCGGGGCCUCUCUCGGGGCUGGAGAGGCAUCAGUGGCGCUGCCCUCACGGGAGCCCCCUUCUCUCAGGUACCCUCCCAGGUCCCUCGAGGCCUCCACUGCAGUGUAGCCACCCACAGCUCUGACUCAUCUCUGGUCCCGAGGCCACCUGAGCCGCCGCGGCAGCCGGCCAAGCCCCUGUCACCCCACGAAGAGCUGUUUAGGCUGGCGCCAGAUGGGGCCCGGGACAAAGCCAGCUUUGUGCAAGCUGUGCAGAACUUUGGGCAGCACAACGUGCACAAGCGGGGCCACGUCGACUUCAUCUACCUAGCCCUGCGCAAGAUGCGGGACUUCGGCGUUGAGAAGGACCUGGCUGUCUACAACCUGCUGCUUGACGUCUUCCCCAAGGAGGUCUUCCAGCCUCGCAACGUCUUCCAGAAAAUCUUCAUCCACUACCCCCGGCAGCAGGAGUGCGGGCUUGCUGUCCUGGAGCAGAUGGAGAACCACGGGGUGAUGCCCAACAAGGAGACCGAGUUCCUGCUGCUUCAGAUAUUUGGGCGCAAAAGCUACCCCAUGCUCAAGUUCAUACGCAUGAAGCUGUGGUUCUCCCGCUUCAAGAACAUCAACCCCUUCCCUGUGCCCCGGGACCUGCCCCAGGACCCUGUGGACCUGGCCACGUUGGGUCUGCGACACAUAGAGCCUGACCUCAGCGCCAGGGUCACCGUCUACCAGAUGGCUUCAUCCAAAGACUCCACAGGUACAGCAGAUCCCACCGAGCAGCAUAUUGUAGGUAUCCAGAGUCCCGAUCAACAGGCUGCCCUGGCCCGCCACAACCCAGCCCGGCCUAUCUUCGUUGAGGGCCCCUUCUCCCUGUGGCUUCGCGACAAAUGUGUCUACUACCACAUCCUCAGAGCAGACUUGGAGCCCCCUGAGGAGAGGGAAGUGGAGAUUCCAGAGGAAUGGAACCUCUAUUACCCCAUACAGCUGGACUUGAAGUAUGGUAGAAGCGGCUGGGAUGACUACGAGUUUGACAUCGAUCAAGUGGAAGAAGGCCCUGUCUUCGCCAUGUGUAUGGCAGGUGCCCAUGACCAGGCUACACUGGCCAAGUGGAUCCAGGGCCUGCAGGAGACCAACCCAGCCCUGGCCCAGAUCCCCGUGAUCUUCCGCCUGACAGCGUCCACUGGGGAGCUCCUGGCAUCCUCCUCAGGACUGGAGGAGCCCUGCCCACCACCACCCCAAGAGGAGGAAGAAGAGGAAGACAAUACGCAGCGACAGCAGCAGGGCCAGAGCUGAGGCCUGAGCAGGCACAGGGACCUGGACUGGUGUGGAAGCAUGAGAUGAUCUUUGAUUGUACAGCAAAUAAAAGUUUCCUGGUUUAGGGCUGUUA